AUGGAGGUCGCCACGCUAAUACCAAGAUCACCGGACAUCCACUUCACGAACACCACCUUCUCCCUCAAGCACCGAUACCUCUACACCAGCGCUCCGGCAAGCCCAGCACAAGCUUCCCCCAUCUGGUCUUAUCCAACUCCCAACUCUCCCCACCGCAACGAUACCAGCGGCGAUGUCUUCGAGUUCCCCUUUUCUCCCAUCAGGUUUCACCCGCAAACUGUUCGCCGGAAUUCAUUCCCCAAAAAAUCGUCGAGAGAUGGGGGAAGGAAAACGAUAUCGCUUUCUCCUUUAAAAGACGAAGAGCACCUGACGAAGCCCACGAGCCCGUCGGCUAAUCCCGUGAAGUGCGGGUUAAGUGGAAAGUGGCCGAAGCUGAGGGAUUUGCUUCUGUUUCGGAGCGCGUCGGAAGGGCGAGUUACUGGAAGAGUAAGCAAAGAUCCUCUGAAAAAUUACACAGUUUUGCCCUCUGUUUCUGCGGUGAGUUGUGAUAGAGCAGGGGAGGAUAAGAAGGCGGGAAGCAAGGGAGGAGGAGGGGUGGUUAGAAGAGUACGUCGGCCGGCUGUAUCGGCACAUGAGAAACAUUAUACAGCGAAACGAGCGGCGGCGGGAGAGCAGAGGAGGAAAACGCCUCUGCCUUUUCAAAGGCAUGGAUUGCUUGGUUUGGUUGAUUUCAGGCCGGUAAUUCGAGGGAAGCAUAAGGUGGGUAGUACUUCCUCUAAUUCGACAGCGAGAUUCUGA